AUGAAGCUGCUAUAUAAAAAAGCAGAACAUGAUAGUAUGACAAUAUCCCUUUUAACAGAAGAAAAUGAUGACUUAUGGCAUUUGUACAAUUUGAUAAGUAUUAACGAUCUAUGUGAAGCAUAUACAUCAAGGAAGGUUCAUAAAGAGUUAGGAAAUAAUUCAUAUGCUACUGAAAUACGUAAGAUGGUGUUAGUUUUAAAUAUAACUAAGAUUGAUUUUGAUUCUAUAAAUAAUAAUUUAAGAAUAUCAGGAAAAAAUGUAAAAAAUAAUGAAUAUGUUAAAAUUGGUCAAUACCACACAUUUGAUAUAGGUAUUAAUGAAAAAAUAAAAAUAAUAAAAAAAAAUUGGGAUAAUAUAUUUAAAGAUAAGUUAGAAGAAUGUACAAACAUUCAACAUAUUUCAGAAGUUGGUAUUUUAUUGAUUGAUUGUGGGCAUGCAAAUAUGUACUUAAUGACUGACCAUUUAUAUAAGACAGUUUUUAGUAUAAAUAAAGUGAUACAUAAAAAAAAAAGUGAAAACAGUAUAAAUUCAAUGUAUAAAAAAUCGUUAGAUAAUUUUUUUAAAGAUGUAUUAUCGAAUUUAAUGAAAAAUUUGAAUUACGAGAAAAUAAAAUGUAUUGUUUUAGGUGGUCCUGGUUUUUUUAAAACUGAUUUUUUUGAUUAUAUAUAUAAAAAAUCGGAUAUGAAAAAUAAUAAAGAAAUAUUAAGUAUAAAGAAUAAAUUUAUAAUUGUAAAAACAAGUAACAUAUAUAAAAAUUCCUUGAAUGAAAUAAUCAAUGAUGAUAAUAUGAAGAAAGUUAUUUUAAAUAUGAAAGUCGUAUCACAUGUAGAUAUACUUAAUAAAUUUUAUAAAUUUUUUGAAAAUGAUGAAGAAAAAAUAUGUUAUGGAGAUUCAGAAAUUGAAUAUGCAGCUUCAUUAAAUGCUAUUGAAUCGUUGUUAAUUACUGAUGGGAAGAUAAGAAAUUGUAGUGUUGAUAGUAGAAAAAAAUAUGUUAAAAUUAUUGAAAGUGUAAAAAAAAAUGGAAAGGUUUUUAUUUUUUCUGAUAAUCAUACAUCAGGUGAACAAUUAAAUUCUCUAACUGGUAUUGCUGCUAUUUUAAAAUUCCCAGUUACUUUUGAAAAUGAGAAAAAAUAUUACGACGAUGAUUCUGUCUAA